GGAUUUCCGCUAUGACACACUGCGCUCGUCAAAAACAAGGCCAACCUGCAGAUGAUGGACGAUAUUUACCAAUAUCCCGUUUUCUUCGAGUGUAACGACCUGCUCGGGGAGCAGAUUAAAAAAGUUCAAAGAUAUUUCUGCAUUCGCCGCAGAUCAGGCGGAGGAGACUGCGGGUCACUGACGUGCGUGAAUGAUAAAGUUUACAGCGUUGCUUUCAAAUAUGAGAAAGAUCAGCAGGCAGUCCUGCAGAAACAUGAGCAUGUUGUGGAGUUUGCCGAUGGACAUCUGGUGUUCACUGUCCGAGGCAGCCUGGGACUUACCGUAUCUCCCACCACCAGUUCCUCUGCAAGUCAUGUUUAUACAGCUCCAGUAGAGAGCCCACAGUCCAUUCCUGCUUCAACUCCACCACCAAGUGGUGGAAACUAUGAACUACAACUUGACCUUUACCUCCUUCGUUACCUAAAGGAAAGCCCCAACGCUGGGAAAGAACUAGAGAAAGAACUCUCUUCUGUGGCCUGCUCUGCCAAGCUUUACCCAGAGGAUGAGAGGGCUUUAGUUAGGUGCUUAGCUCAACCUGGUGCAGAAGAUGAAGUUAGAAACUGGACAGCUGAAGUAGACAAAGUUUUUGAUGGAUAUCUGUGCCACUAUGAGGUUGACCCUCACAAAGUUAAAUCUUUGCUUCAGUCCUGCAGCUCCCGUCAGGUCACAGAUGAGGUGAAGGUGUACAGCGAGGUUGGGAUGGCUGUUGUUGUUGGGAAACGUUCUCAGGUGAAGGCCAGGUUGAUGGAUGUAGAGCACUCACGGGUUAAACAAGGGUCAAGUUUAAGUGAAAAGCAAACAAGCAUUCGCCGACUUGGCACAGCCAAACUCCGUCUCCUUUGGACAGAGAUUGAGCACAGUCUGGGACGAGAUUUUCCAGGUGUGAAGGUCACACAGGGAGAUGCAGGGCAGUUAGUUUUGGAAGGUUCUGUUGAGGAGAUUCUUAAGGCCGGAGACCAGAUCUCUGAUAUGGAAAGUUUGGUGUCAGAAAGGACAGUUUCUGACAUGAGCCCACAUUUUUUGGCCUUCCUCAGGAGGGCAUAUGGAGGUCCAGGGGUGCUAAGUGACAUUUUAGGGUUUGGUGACAAGGUGGAAGUAGAGUUACGAGACACAGAACUGCGUUUGUUCAGCUGCUCUGCUGAAAAACUGGAUGAGACAGAGAAAAAACUGCAAGAAAAAUUCAAGGAAGUCAAGAUCUAUGUGCCUAACUGCUCUGCUGUGCUACCUGAGCUUCAGGAAAAGCUUAAGUCCAAGACAAAUGAGAUGAACCGAGGGCAGCAUAGGGCUCAGGUUGUGUUUGGCUUAGACAGCACAGUGUUCCUACUGGGCCACACGAAGGAGGUCGAAGAGCUGAGUGAAACUGUCACACAGUUUAUUUUGGACCAGUCUUGUGUGCAAAGCAUAGUCGAUCUCCCUUUCCCAGAGUUAGCACAAGAGUUACCAGAAUUGCUGCAGCUGCAUGGUUUUGACUCUUCAGGGGGUAUUACUAGACAGAAUUUGGCAUCUGGUGCAAGAAUCUACAGCCUUUGUGGGGGACACCAGGGGCUGGUGUGUCAGUGUGACAUCACCGAACAGGAUGCUGAUGCCCUGGUGAACGCUGCCAAUGAAGAUCUGAAACACUUUGGAGGUGUUUCUGCUGCACUGAGUCAAGCAGGCUGUCCUGAAGCACAGAUGUCAUCUCCAAAGACGGUCAUCCUGCUGGGAAAAAGUGGAUCUGGGAAAAGCAACCUAGCUAACACCAUAUUUGGAGAAGAAUUAUUCAUCACAAACCAUUCCUCUGACUCUGAAACAACAAAAUGUCAAGCAAAAACCAAAUCUGUCAAUGGAAGAAGCAUCACCUUGAUCGACACUCCUGGUUUAUAUGACACAGAAAGGUCUGAGAAGGACAUAAAUCGUGAGAUAGUGAGCUGUAUCACAGAGUGCGCUCCUGGGCCUCAUGCUUUUCUCAUUGUGUUGAAAGUGGAGAAAUUCACAGAGCAGGAGCAGGCUGUCAUCAACAAAAUAUUCCAAAGUUUCUCUGAAGAUGCUCUAAAAUAUGCUGUCAUUGUCUUCACUCAUGGUGACCAGCUCCCUAAAGGGAUGAAAAUUGAAGAGUUUGUCAGUCAGAACAAGAAUCUGAGUGAUCUGGUGAAGAGGUGUGGAGGCCGGUGCCACGUCAUUGAUAAUAAAUACUGGAAGAACAAACAGCAGAACAACUACAGGAGUAACCAGUUCCAGGUGGCAGAGAUACUCAACACAAUAGACAAGAUGACGAAGGUAAACAAAGGAAGCUGCUACACCAACGAGAUGCUACAAGUAGUGAAAAGAGAAAUACAUAGAGAGGAAGAGUGCAUUAGACUGUCAUCAGGAAACAUGUCACAGAAAAAGAUUAGAAUUGAAGCUAAAAUUAAUGUAUUUGAAAGGUUAUUGAUCAGAUCAGCAGGUAUUGCAACAGGUGCAUUGCUGGGAGCUUUGCUUGGUGUGGCAGAGAUGGUUGCAUCAACUGUUGGCAACUUUCAAAACCCUUCAGAUGUUUCAGCACUAGUAUCAACAGAAAGAGGAAGAGCAACAGUUGCAUCGGCCGCUCAACAUGGCGCAGUAAAGGGUGUUCUAACAGGAUAUAAUGCAGCUGAAGGAGCAGAAACUCCAGGUGAAGCCAUUCAGAAGACAGUAGGGGAUGUCUGGAACCAGUGUAGGAUUGCAGCAAAUCUAAACAUUUCUUUUUAGAUAAAACAUAUAAAUCAUGUUAAAACCAAUUACGGAGCAAUGGGGUGUUUGAUUUAUGGACUAGUGAAACAUUUAAAUAAUUUGUUGGAAACCAGGAUUUAACAUCUAAAACUAUUUUUUGAUACUUUUCAUGACUUUGAGAUAAAGAAUAAGGUUUUGUUUUUACUCUGGGAGCCAAAUGUGUUUUGAGUAUUCAGAUAUUGGGUGUAGUUUCUUGUGUGUACCUUGGGUGUUACUCUGCUAUUACCUGGGGUCAAGGUUAUAAAGGUAGCAUUCAAACUGUUGUACGACAGGUGUUUUGACCCGCUAGUGUUUAGAGUGUGCAGUUUUACCACUGAAACAGGAAAAAUGGACAUUUCAAGCUGCACAGGAAAACGUAUUAUUCUGCAACACAACAACAGCCUGGAGAUUCUUGAGCACUAUACUGUUUAGCAACAUAACAUAAAGGCAGCGCGUCAGCCAGGUCACUCCUGGGCUAAUCCACCUCAGUAUCUAACAGUAUGAGACUCCUUUCAAAUUAGUCUUUAUUGAAGAGUUUUUGCAUUGGUGAGUGAUUCAACACUAACUGUGAUACCUUUUUAAUAAUUACUUCUGUAUUUUUAAAGAUUUCUCUUGCACUUUACAUGACUAUGAGAUGCUGAAUAUGUUGUACAUUUGUUAUGUUUCUUUGUGUUUAAUUUUAUUAUUUAAGUUAGUGUUUGUGUUACAUGUUGUAUAACAAUUAAACAGCUAUGUGCUUA